AUAAGCCAACUUGUUUUGGAGAUGAAGUCAUGUGUGCUUCUAUCUGUUCUUGUAUUGGCUGCAAAUAUGCUGCAGCAAUAUUGUGUGGAUGGACAACAAGCGCAAGUGCCUUGUUUAUUUGCGUUUGGGGGCACUCUAUCUGACCAUGGAAACAACAACAACCUUCGAACAAGGGCAAAAUCCAAUUAUGGACCCUAUGGCAUCAACUUCCCCCGAGGCUCAACUGGUAGAUUUACCAAUGGAAAAACGCAAGUUGAUUUCAUUGCUGAAUUUACGAGAUUAAACACAUUGAUCCCACCCUUUGCAAACAGGAGUGGCUCAGACAUACUCAAGGGUGUCGACUAUGCAUCUGGAUCAGCUGGGAUUCUCAUGGAUACCGGCUCACAUCUAGGUGUCAAUAUCAAUUUCAUGAGGCAGAUCGCAAAUCACAGAAACAUAUUUAGCAGAAUUGUUAUCAGACUUGGAGGUGUUGAUAGAGCUCGACAACACCUUAGACAGUGCUUUUAUCCAAGUUUAACAAUUAUGAAAUAUACACGAUUUUGGAGGACAGGAACUGCGUCGUCUUGGGCAAGAAAAUUCGUGAAUGUUGGGGUGGGUCGUAUUGGGUGCACUCCGUAUGCCUUAGCCAUGAAUAAUAGGACAAAUGGAUCUUGUGUUGAAGAGAUGAAUGCUGCAGCAUCCAUAUACAAUGCCAAGCUUAGAUCUCUAGUGGACCAACUAAACAACAAAAUCAUUGAUGGUUCUAGAUGCAUCUUUGUAAACAACACAGCCAGAAACCUUGGAGUCGUUGCUAGUGGUUUCACUGUUACGAAUGCUUCUUGCUGCCCAACGGGGACGGGUGUGCUGUGUGUUCCUAAUCAAACACCGUGCCAGAAUAUAAAUCAGUAUGUGUUUUGGGAUAAAUUCGCUUUCACAGAACCUUUCAACAAAUUCCUCGCAAUCCUUAUGUAUAAUGGAUCUAAUCCAAACUACGUUUACCCAGUCAAUAUCACCACCCUUGCUCAGUCUUGAUGCUUUACUUCAAAACCCCGUAUCCAUUUACAAAUCUUACUAAUCUAUUUUUAGUCAACUGUUUUAUACUUUUCUAAUGUUUAAUAAAUUAUACUCAAUAGUUCAUGAUGGGAGAACCAUACAUGA